GAAAUAUUUUGUACAGACAACAAAUUUCAAAUAUUUCAUUUAUAUAUUAUUAAUUAUAAUUUGUUCAAUGUUUUAUAUUCAAUGUGAAAGUACACAUAGUGAAGAGCAACAAGAAUCUGACAAGGAUUUUAAUGAUUUCACAGAAACUACACCAUCAAAUUCUCAAUUACUUCGUAUGAAAAAAGAAGUGGACAAUUCAAUGGAGGACAAUCAUGUUGAUGACAUUGAACACAUUGAACACAUUGAACAACAACAUAACAUUGAAACAUUGAAAGAUCAUAUUCAUCGUUUAAACAAAAUAAAAUAUGAUAAUACUAAUCAUAAUAAUCAUAAUAAUAAGAUGAUGAAUGAUAAUGAUGAAAUGAAUCUAUUGAAAUCUUUAUUAAAUUAUAAAGAAUUAAAUUUCAAUUUUAAAAAUAGUCAAUCUAAUGAACAAAGUACAACUUUUACAUUUAUUGAAAUGAUUGUACAACGUACAGUAAAUAAAUAUAUGAAUGUUAUACGUACACGAUCAGAUUGGUUAAAACGUUUAUUACAAUUAGUUAAAGAAGAAAGAGAUAUUCGAUCAAGAUAUAAUUGUUUUACAGAUGCAUGUAUUUAUAAAAUACAAUUAUUUACAACACAACUUAAAGCUCAUCUACUUAGAAAUAUAAUUCAUUUAGAACCGAUUCAACGUAAUGAUCAUGGAGUUAUGAAUUUACAUAUGAAACGAAUGAAAAGAUCCGCCAUACCAGAAUCAUCCACAUUUACAACUUCGUACGGUAUGAAUGAUUCAACUAGUGAAAUUUUAAAUGAUAAUCCUGAAAUACAAGAUUUAUUAUUUCUACAUGAUAAUACAGAAGAUGAUGAUGAUGCUCUACGAUUACCAAAUGAAGUGAAUCGAUUAAAUUUGAUAAAACAACAUGAAGAUGAGGAUUCUAUGACAAAUAAUAAUAGUAAUAAUCAUAAUAAUCAUCAUAAUAAUAAUAUUAAUAAUAAUAAUGACGGUAAACAUAAAUCAAUCAAUUUUGAUAAUUCCAAUAAAAUUGAUGUGACUAGAUUUAGUCAAGAAUUAAUGAAUGAUGUUUUUUUAUCCAAGCAUAUCAAAAGUCAAACAAUGAAUACUUCUAGUUCCAUUGAUACAAUGAGUACUACUGCUACAACAACAGAAGCAACAAAAACACCAACUACUACUACUACUCAUAAUAAUGUCAGUAGUAUAAUGAUGACAACAUUAUCGAUACCUAUUGAACAAUUACAUUUAACAAUAGAUAAUCAAUCACAUUUAUUAAUAAAUAAUGAUAUCAAUUCAAUAGAUCAUGAAAAUAUUGAAGAUAUACAUCAAAAUCAUGAUAACGAGAUAUCAAUCAAUAUAAUUGAACAUGUAACAAAUAUUUCCAUGAAUGAAUCAAAUAAUUUGAAAAAUACUAUGAAUAAUAAUGAAGAAAAAGAAAGAGAACAAUUAGAAGAAGAUUUAAUUGAUAGUACACUAUUUAUAGAUAAUGAAGAUAAUGUGAAUACAUCAACUUUUUCUACAUUGUCUAUUGAACAACAACAACAACAGCAAACAACAUCAUCAGCACAACCAAUUCAAACAACUACUGAUUUACCUAUUUCAUUCAAUAAUGAUAAUCAAUUAUCUACAUUGAAUUCAAUAGAUUUGACAACAGAUAAUCUAAUAGAACUGAUGAAUACAACAACAACAACAUCAUCAUCAUCAUCAUCAUCAUCAUCAUCAUCAGAAACUGUAACAACAACACCAUCAACAACAUCAUUAACUGAUAUUGAUCAAUCUAAAGAAAUUAUACAUGAACAUACAAUAAAACCAUCAUUAAAUAUUCGUGCUAUUUCAUUAACUAUUGAAGAAACUUUAGCUAUACCAUUUGGUUUAAAUAAAUUUGAUGGAAGACCAUAUGAAAAUUGUACUGGACAAUAUGAAAAUUAUUGUUAUAAUGCUAUAAAAUGUGUUUAUAUUAGUGUAUUAGAAACAGCUGCUUGUUAUUGUAGAACUGGUUAUACAGGUGUUCGUUGUGAUAUGUUCAAUUUACCACAAACAUUAGAUAUCUUGAAAUCAUUUCGUGAAGAAAGUAUUGAUAUUAAUUCACUUCAUCAACCAACAGCAUAUAUUUUGCAUAAUGUCAUUGAAGCCACAGCACGAUAUACAGUGAAUGCUGUAUUAGAAGAACGAUUAUUAUCAACAUGGGAAGAUGAUACACUAUUCUAGUGUGUUCUUGACAAAACUUCUGUACACACAUACAUGUAUUUAUUGUAAUCAAUAAUGAUAAUAAUUAUUAUUAUGUUACAUAAAAAACGGUAGCACAAUGAAUUGUAGAUAACUUUUCAUUUUAUUCAUAUUCACUAAUAUUUUAUUUCGCAUUUACAAAAAAAUUACAAUUUAAACUACUUGUCGAAUGCAUUUCGCAUAAAAAACCAAGACAAUCAGCCAACUGACUAAUAGAACCCAAUCAUUCAUUUAAUUUACAUGAUACAAAAAAAAAUUUAUUUUAUUAUAAGUUAAUAUUUGCU